CCCUUGUAAUUGUGAAUCGAGCCUGGCUUUACUAAAGAUCACCAGUGUUUUGAAACCUGAAUGUGAAUGGAGAACUUUGUAAACACCGAUCGACGUUCUGGGUUAAUUGCACAGGAUUAUAUUGUAUAAGGACUUUGACAUAAGAAUAAGAAGUUAUAGGAAUACCAUCUCUUAGGUUCUGUGGAAUUUAUAGUGGAUAUACAGCCGGAAAAAGCUAAGUGUAACAAAGUUGUGUUUACAAAUCUUACUCAAGAGAUCAUUUGGCCACUUUGCAAGUGCUCUAUGUUUUGGAUUAUGGUAUUUUCAUAUGUUAUGUGAUCUAUACAGCCACCAAGGUGAUUUCUGAUGAUAGUGAGGAUUCAGGGUGCAGUCAAUGUUUUAUGUUCAGGGGCACACGAUCUAGACUCGUGAAGCGCCUGUGGAAACACCGGAUUUAUAAAAAUGAAGCCGAGAGUACGAUUGAAAAGCAGGAGGACAUGGAGCUACGCUCUGUAGCCCAUUCCUUGUUGAAGAGGUUGAAAGAGAAGAAUUUAGAUACUCUUAUAGAGGCAGUUGAAAGUCAGGGUGGUGUUAAAACAGAAUGUGUUCAUAUACCUAAAGGGGAUGUUCGAUUUGGUCGAAAAACUGUUACCCCUCAACUUUUAUGUUGUCAAAUCUGGAGAUGGCCCGAUGUAUCAAAUCCAGAUGAACUGAAGAAAAUGCCAGAAUGUGUUUCACAAGAAGACGCAACAACUAUUUGCUGCAAUCCUUUCCAUUGGAGUCGAAUUAUAGUGCCAGACAUGCCACCACCUCCAUACUGCCAAGCAGUUGAAGACACAGAGAAAGACCCAGAACCGCCCGAUAGGCUUCAAGAAGAACCCUGCUCUACAGAAACAGGGAACACGCCUCUAACACGGCAACGCUAUUACUCAGGUGAACAUAUUAGAAAUGAAGGUGCAACUGAGCGGUCCCACUGGUGUCACGUGGCCUAUUGGGAGCUUCGUCAACGUGUUGGCCGUCUUUAUACAGUAUUCGACCAUCAUCUAGACAUCUUUCACUCUCUACCUCAAGGAAAUGGAAUGUGCUUAAAAUCAUUACUACCAGAGACCUCUAUUGAGCAAGUCAAAAGAACUAGAGAAAAAAUUAGUUUUGGAGUGACGUUAAGUAAGGAAGGAGAUGGAGUGUGGGUGUAUAAUAGAUCAACAUACCCUGUCUUCGUCAACUCUCCUACCCUUGAUGACCCAGACUCAAGGCUCAGUACAAUACGCAAAGUUCCUCAAGGAUUUAGUAUAAAAAUAUUUGAUUAUGAGCAGUCAGAGAUUCUACGUCUAACUCGUAAACCAGGAAUUGAUGAAGGUCCAUAUGACCCUCAUGCAAUAAGACUGAGUUUUGCCAAAGGAUGGGGAGCAAAGUAUUCUAGACAGUUUAUCACAUCAUGUCCAUGUUGGAUUGAAAUAUUAUUAACAGAAGAGGAUGGCAGGUGA